AUAGAAGAUGGUAAAGAAUAUAUUGGAAGAGUAGUAUUCCCUGUAUAUCCACAAUGGAAAACAAAAAGUGAAGUAGCAGUUAUGAAAUAUAUUUAUUUAAAUACGAACAUCCCUGUUCCCAAAGUUUAUUAUUGGAAUAGCUUUGCCAAUAAUCCAGUAGGAGCAGAAUAUAUGUUAAUAGAAUAUUUACCUGAAUAUAUUUUAGACGUUAUUCGAAAUUUGAUUUAUCACUAUAAAUCUAAAGAUACGCAAAAGUGUUUGAUUUCAAAAUAUGAAGAACUAUGCAAAUUAGUACCAAAAUAUUUUCAGAAUGAUGAAAAUGACAUGUUUGUAUUAAUAUAUAGAGACUUUCAUUCAUCAAACAUUCUAGUCAAGAAUGAUGAAAUUUCAAAAAUCAUUGAUUGGGAAUGUUCUGGUACAUUUCUAAUUGAGAAUGGCUCUACCACUGUUACUAUAAAGGAUUUAAAAGAACCUGGAAAGUAUGAAAAAGGG